GCUACAAAAGAGAAAGACCACUAACCAUCUUGCUGGAUGAAUCUGAGGAGCAUUUGCAGUACCAAACAGAUUUUAAUCUUGCCCAGACAGUCAGAACUAAAUUUGGCUCUAAAAAUCGACUAGUCAAUCUUUACUGAUGUGAGAGCAGUGUAUGUGAGUUUAAUGAAUUUAAUUUAAACAAAAACAGCACAAAAAUACGGAAUUCAGUGUCUGAUGCACGACGUAUUAUUAGGGCUCCCUGAACAUUGUGUUUCAGUGUGUUUGAAAGCAGCUAAGUAAUCCUGGAUCAGAGUGGACAAAGGGCCCCGCAGGGCUGCUCGUGAUAUAAGCACUGUGUUUGACCCCCACUGCUCCCCACUCGCCUAUUUUCUAUGUGUUUGUAACAGUCGAGGGUUGCUGCUGUUGGUUGACCAUCAAGACUACACAACCACACGUUUUCUCAGAGUAGUUUGAUCGCAGUUCAUUGAGUCCAUCUCAGGGGCCAGCUGACGAUGACCUCACACGCAGUGGGAAGAAGAAAGUAUUGACCGGUCCUCUCGAGAGGAAUGUGCUAAGCUGUGCACAGAGGAGAGGUUCUUUGGAUUCUUGUGACCAACUAAGACAGACUGGGAGAAUUUUUUUGACUGCAAUUGUUGUCUUUUAUGCUUGGGAGGUCACGUUACCUCGCGUGAGUAUCACUGGGUAAACAUUUACUUAGUUAACGCCUCUGACUGCGUGCCCUAGAACAAGUGUGACGGUUAGCCGUACCUACGGGUGUAGAAAUUAUCACAUCUGCUGGGAACGAAGUAAGUACGUGUGCUGUGUUUCUUUUAAAAUGACAAAUAAUAGCCUGACCAAUAAUGUCUGUCCUCUGACCGAAAUUAUCAGUGUCUCCGAGUGGACACAAGUGAAUUUAGCAUGGACUCGCUGCAGAACUCCCAUCAGAUCAUGUGGGCAAUGAACACUCGUUUGAAGGGCUUCCUGGAGCAGGUGAACAGGCUGCAGGAGACCAACCAACAAUUGGAAGUUCAGAUAGCUGUCAGGGGCAUGAGAAACACGUUGUGCACUCAGGACUGGUCCAAGCAGGAAGAAGCCGUGAAAGAACUCCGUGCUCAGGUUGGCAAACUACUGAUGGAGAAUGCCCAGUUGGCACUGCAGUCUGAAAGCAUGAAGUCCAGAGCUGCUGCCAUCCAUGCCAGGUGUGACAUGGAAGAGCGUAACACCCUGGAUCUGGAGCAACAGGUGGCUGUGCUGAGGGAGUCAAAGAAGAAGACUGAUGAGAGCAACAUGAUUCUGCAGGCCGACAUUGAUCACUCCAUGACAGAGCUCCAGGAUAUACACCAAGAGUAUCAGGCAGCCCGAGCUCUGCAGUUGCAGCGAUCCCCCUCAUGUGAUGCUCCGUUAGCAGCCACUACGGAAGCAGGUAAACAGGAAGAGGAUGGCACAGGAAUGGAGCUCAGCAAACUCCUCGACCAAAUCAGAGCUCAGUGCAACCUGAACAGACCUCCUAACCAGAAUGAGAGGCAUCUUAGUCCGGGUACAAGCUCACACUGGUUUCACAGCUAUCCUGGGCCGAGCCAGUCUGAAGCUGGAGCUGCAGCUGCAUCAACAACAACCACAACACAUUGUGGCGCUUACAACAAGCACGAAGCAGCAUGGACACAGGUUAGCCUCGGCAGCAAUGCGCUGAGGGAGGCUUGGGCAGAUUUAGCUGAGGCCCGGAAGCAGUGGCACUCCCUUCAGGUGGAGAUUGAGACCCUGCAUGCCUUGGAGAAAGGCCUUGAGAACUCCCUACACAACACCCAGCAGCUGUAUUCCAGCCAGCUGCAGGAACUUUCCCAGGUGAUCACUGGACUGGAGGGUGAGCUGGAGCAAGUGAGGAAUGGACUGGCCACACAGCGUCAGCGCCACAGCCAGAUGCUCAACACAAAGAUACGACUGGAGCGAGAAAUCUCCACUUACAGACGACUGCUGGAACAGGAGGAGGGCAGAUACAUGGCCCACAGUGAUCAGCAGAUGCGUCUGCAACUCUGGAGAUCGUCUUUGCUGGAACCCAAUGAAAAAGGUUUGGAGAACGGCUUCAGCGACCACACCAUCACUCCAGAUGAACCAAAAUCAGAGCCUCUACCUACAACAGCUUCACGACUACAAAUGGUCAAUAAGACGAUGGAAAGCUCCGUACUCCAUCGGCCACAAAGUCUUGCGAUACUCACAGAACCAGAGCAAGAUAAACAUUUACCAAUUUCCACUGUGAAGACCCAGGAGAUUCUUCAGGGUAGCGUAGUGCAGGAGAGCGCAGAGGGCCAUGGCACUGUUGAGACUGAAAAGAUUGACAAGGUCAUUAAGCAGUGGGAGAGCUCGUUCUUCAAGGGCAAUCCAAAACUGCGUAAGAAGUCUGUGUCCCUGCGCUUCGACCUACACAUGGCUGCAGCAGACGAAGGCUGUGCCCAGACUAGACAAGACAGUCUCCCGGAUGUCGAGGUGCGGCUCAUCAUGAAAAGAUCUCGCAGUAGCGCAACUAUCACUCCAUAAAUUGUGGCUUCAGACAUGAGUGAAUUUUGGAGUUCCUACCAUAUGCAGCUGUCUGACAUUGGUUUACAGUAUGCAUAUUGAUUUAACACUGGAGUUGGUGGAACACCAUUUUGGAUGAUAAAAUUCACUUGCACAGGAAAUGAUGGUUACAUGUCUUUGCACCUGGCCUUUUUUUUGGGGGGGGGGGCAAUCCAUGGAUUUUUUUCAAACUAAAAACUGAAAUUAAUUCGCAGUUAAUUUCACUGUAAAACAAUAAAUUAAAAAUAGGUGCUGACAAAAUUAACCCAAUUAACAAACCUGAUAUGACCAAAUAAAAAGUCACAUAUCCUUUAUGAUGACGCAAAAAUUAACUUUACAAAAAAAAAAACAGAAGACCUCUCUGCCUUGUCUUCUAUUUUUUUGUAUGUGUUAAAUUACUGUAAUUGAAUAUGUUUUAAAUCGCUCAUUUUAAUUUGUUGUCUCAUUUGUCUAUUACACCACUGACAUUCUCUCAUGGAGUGAUCGGGUUAAAAACCUGCCCAUUACAAUUGGCAGUCAACUCCUUUCAUGAACUUUCGAUAUUGUGGUAAUUUUAGUCAAGGGGAACUCAUGACAUUGUGUCAUUUAUUGUCAUUGUGUCCCUGAACGUUUGCACAUCUAAACCCAAUUUAAAUAUUCAUUGUUGGGCUAUUGCUCUGACUCAAAGCAUGAAGUCUGACACAUCUCACGCCCCAGUGAGUUGAGUAGUGGUCCGUGCUCGGUACCCCUUUGAACCAGACGGUGGCAGCAUUUGUACAUAGUUAACAAUGUGGUGUGCCACAACACAAUAGUGUAGGUACUGGAUAACGAUAUAUUUUGCCCAACUGUGGAAAUUCAACAUAUACUUACACCUUUUAAUGCAAUGAUCUGUAUUCACUUAUAUACUAUACUUAUAUUUACUUUGUAUUAUUAUGCGGUCACAUGUAAAUGCUUUACCGCCGAGGAGCAUUUCAGUUUCGAUAAAUUCAUUUUCCUGUUUCAAGCAUUUAAAUUUGUUGUCGAUGCCGUUCUGCUUGACUUUACUUUGCCUUAAGUACACUACUUCUGUACCUUACAAAUAUUUUGUUUUCGAAUUCCAAAUAAAACGAAUAUGCUGAUGUUGAACCACAAA